CAAUUGUAACCAUUGAAUCUGACUGAGUCGAACCGUUACUCCUGCGUUUUGGAUUAAAAGUAACUUGUUAUUUUUAAGCAUGUUGCUUAGAGUCCUCUUUAUCGUAGCAUUCGUUGUUGUAAGUGUAGUUUCGGAAGAUUUGUUUUGUUUCAGUUGCAAGGACACAGAUACAGACGAAGAAUGUAACCGUGGCCCGCGCCAACUGCAAAACUGCACUGCCGUGGGUGGAUCUCGAUGCAAGAUAACAACGAAACUUGGUGGCGUUUUUGACAAAGGCUGCGCAACGGAAAAUGAUUGUCUUUCUUCUACAUUCCUAACACAAAUCGUGGGCACAGUUUGCUGUGAUACAUACCUUUGCAAUGAAAAUACCACUUGGCCAGCUGCAGAAACUAUAGCAAUCAAAAUCUUGGAAAACAUAGUGGGAAUGAAGCCAGCAAACUUUUUUGUCCAGAUUACAACAUAUCAGUCAUUGUAUAUAGUGCUUUACGCUCUUGCUCUAACUUACAUAAUCAGAAAUGUUCCCAGAGAUGGAAGGUCUAAAUCACCCAAAGUCUCACCGGAUACAGAAGAGACGAUAGAACUUCAGGAAUGACUUGCGAUAUCUCAAUCAAAAAGUCGAUGAAAACUUCUCAUAUUGUUUGUUAUUUUUGGUUAAUUUUGACAAAAAAAUAUAUUACAUAAUAUACUUAUGUACUCUGAA